GUCGCCUCUAGAGCAAGUCCUCCUCCCUCCUCUUGCUUUGAGCUUCGAGCUUCUCCUCUCUCUCUCUCUCUCUCUCUCUUCUCGAACCCUUUUACCAUUAGCUUUCUACCGACUAAAGCGAAGCGAGCUGAACCUAGAAGAAGAAGAAGAAGAAGAAGCUAAGCCACAGCAUGGUGGGCACCUCCUCCUCCUCAUCCUCAUCGUGUGCGUCUCUUGGUUCUCUCGACGACGUCUCCGUCAAGCCCGCCGCCGGCGGAGGCACCAUCAAGUUCCUUUGCAGCUACGGCGGCAAGAUCCUCCCCCGUUACCCUGACGGCAAGCUCCGUUACGUCGGCGGCCACACCCGCGUCCUCGCCGUCGACCGCUCCCUCCCCUUCUCCGAGCUCCAGGGCAAGCUGGGGGAGAUGUGCGGGUGGGGAGCGGUGAAUCUGAGGUGCCAGCUGCCGACGGAGGACCUCGACGCCCUGGUCUCCGUGACCUCCGACGAGGACCUCGCCAACCUCAUCGAGGAGUACGACCUCGCCAGCCGCGACCGCCUGCUUCCCUUAAAGAUCCGAGCUUUCCUCUUUCCUCCUCCGACCAAGACUCCCUCCCCUCCGUCCACUCCGCCCAUGAGGAAAUCCUCCGCCGCCGCCCGGCCGCCGCUCCCGGCCGACCGCUGCCUCCUCCACCAGAUCUCCGCGCCCUCCAGGCUCUCCAGCCGCCCGCCCCCCGCCGCCGCGGCCGGCAAUCCCCGCUUCCGUCACCACCACCACCACCACCACCACCAUCAGGGGAACCCGAGGCCGCACCGGUUCCUCGUUCACCACGGGAACUACUGGCAAUAAUUACCCCACCGUCUCCGGUCUCGAACAGGAAACAUCAAAUUGAACAAAUAGAUGGAGACGAGGCCGAGGAGGUAAAAGAAAACAUCCAAAGAACGGAGGACUCGAACUAAAUAUUUUUGGUCUUUGAAAGCAGGGGAAUGUAAGAAUAAAAGAACAAACCAAAAAAAAAGAAAAAAACUAAAUACGUAUUUAUUUCACUCUUCUUCUCCUUUGUGGUGUUUUGUGUUUUGCCGUGUUCUUCCCCUCCGUUUGUUCGUUUUGCUGGGCCUGUGUGUUCCGUUAGGGUUCCGUCCUCUUCAUCACCACCGUUAUUUCAUCCGAUCCAUCUCAUCCGUCCGUUUUUUUAUUUGUUUUUAUUUUUAUUUUUUAAUUUAACGUUUUCUCGUUAGUACCGUUUUAUAAUCGGAUAUUCUGUUUUUUUUAGCAUAUUCUGUUUGUUAGACACUGAUUCCUUUUCUUUUCGUCUAUUCGCAGGUUAAAUUAAUGGCGCUGGGAACAUUCUGGGGAACGUAUUAAUGAGCGACCAAGCUUGCUUAGCUGUGGAGUAUAAAUAAAUGCAGGAUUAAAAUUUUGCCAUACAUAUUCCUAAAGAAUAUUUUUUUUAUUCAUUGAAUUAUUUUUUCAAGACAAUUUUUGUUUUUUAAAAUUUUUUCUUGAUAUUGCCCACUUGGAUCAUCUUGUUGUACAUGGACAAUUGAUCAAAGAGAAAAGCUAAAAAAAAAAAAUUUGAUAUUCGCAAUAUCAAAUUUUAAAUUUCUUUUAUUUUAACUAAGAAUUAUAUAUAUUUUUAAAUAAAGAGAUAAAUGAUUCAUUCAAUUUUAGUAUGAAUACUUGGUAUUUAUUUAUAGAUUUAUUUUUAUUCUUAUAAAUCUUCUGGUCGAGUAGGAUAGCAAUGCAUAACUAUUUAAUUUGUCUAACUUAUUUCAGUUAUUUUUAAUAAUAUAAUAAAAUUUGAAAUUAAAAUUUUAAUUUAUUUAAGAUUAUUGAUAGAGUUUUGUUACUUAUGUAUCGGACCUAUCUAAUUGCCGGCCCUAAUUUUAAUUUUUUUAUUUUAACUAAGAAUUAUAUAUAAAUAUAUAUAUAUAUUUAUAAAAAAAUAAAGAGAUAAAAGGGUGAACGGAUGACUUAUUCAAUUCUAAUAUAUAGAUUUAUUUUUAUUUUUGUAAAUUUCAAAUAUAUUUAAUAAAAUAAUUAGAUUUGAAAAUAAUUUUUUAAUUUAUUUAAUAAAUAGAUUAAUUUCAGAUUGAUAGAGCUUUGCAUCGGAUUGCCGCCCCUAAUUUCUGGACCUAUGGAGGGGGUUGAGGUGGGUCGAAGUGAUGGCGAUGGGAGCCUCGGCGGGGGCUCACGUCGCAAUCCCGGCGAGCGGGUCGGAGACGAGAACUGGAUUCCGCCUGUCUUUGAAGCCAUUUGUGCCUUAAAAAAGAUUGGCUGCCGUGUGGACCUCGUUGGCUUUGUAGAUUGGGCUUGGUUGGCUCCAACGACAAAUUCCUUUGUGUGGUUCCCGUUUAGGCUGACCCAUUUGGGUUGGAAGAUGAUGAAACGACUAGUAAAAUAUCCAAUGAUGUGAUGGAGAUAUUAAAAAAAAAAAUAGAGAUGUCAUCAAAAGAAAAGAUUACAAGUGAAGAGCCCUUCCGGCAUGGAAAGGUUGUGAUACAAAAUCACUUGGAAGGUAUCCUGUGGAUAAGAGAAGAAGAGCUGUCUAAAGCACUCCAAGAUUUUUUAAUUUUAUUGGAUGUAUUUUUACUCGAAUUGUAUGAAUCAUCAGCGCAAAAAAAAAAAAAGAUUGUGAAAAAAGAAAUCUUAGUCUUA